UUCAAUUUCAUUUCCUCUUCCCCUUUCUCUUUCAUCUGAUGCGCGUUCGUCUUUUUUCUUCUCCCAGCCAAAGCAAAUCCGACCGAACAAUAUCCACCACCGCACCACCGCCGGCGAACCGCGACCACUCUCCUCCUUCUCCAUCCAUCACCGCCGCAUCCUCCUCCAUCUUCUGUAUUGAUUCUAUAGUUCAGAGAGCUAUCUCCAUCCAUCCUUCUCCACAAACCCUAAUUGUUGUAACUUGUAAGUUUAUUUUUAUAGCGGCCACCCCAAAAGUUUUGGUCUGGCUCCGCCACUGCACGCGAUGCUGCUACAGAAACGUGAGAGUUGAUGAUUUGCUAUAGUGUUUGGAGCCCCUUUCCCUCUCACCGAACUCGGAACUCCUCCUUCGUCCACGGCAGCGACACCGUCAAAUCGGCACUUCUCUCUACUAAUUUCAAUCGAAGGUUAAUCAAGUGAAUUUGAGGAAAUUCCAAGCGGCGACGUUGUAGUAGUAGGUAAAGUAAAGGGCAUUUACCUUUCACAAAAGGGAUUAAGGCGUUGUUUAUCAACAGAACAGGGAUUUAGCUUGUCUAGGGUUUGAAUAUCAGUUCUGGGAUUUUUUGAAGUUCACCUGCAAUUGCAAACAAGAGAGUAAUGGAAGAGGAAAAAGAUAACUUAAGUAUUGCCACACUAUUUAAUAUCAAAGAGAGAAAGAAGAAGAAAAAGAAGAAAAAGACGAAGGCAAAUAAAGAGAGCGAAAGCGUUGCUGAUGAUUCUGCUACAGCAGCAAAUCAUGAAGGUGGUGGUGGUAGUACCAGCAGUGGUGCUAACCCUAAGAUUUCUUUGUUUGAUAUCUCUGCCGAGAAUUUCUUUGAAGACAUGGACACCAUUGCCAAACUCUGCGGGGAAGAAGAACGCAACAUCGCUGUUGAGCAAAGCGAGAUCAAGAGAAUGUUUUCUUCUGUCACUUUUUUAAGAGAAUGGAAGGAUUUUAAAUAUCCAUCUAAAAGCAUUAGGUUUUCUUACGGAAUUGGGAGCUCUGAGUGUUAUGAGAGAAAUGAUAUCAAAGAUGACAUAAACUUACCUCAGUUUUCAUCUGCCACCGUUCCUAAGCAUAAUAUGCAAAAGGAGGAGCAACUUGGGGAUGCCAAACCUCAAGAAUCCAAAGACUUUGUGAUGAAUGUUGGAGGUUCUGUAUGGGCAUUAGAUUGGUGUCCUAGGAUGCAUGGGGAGCCUGAUUGUUCAAUUAAAUGUGAGUUCAUUGCUGUUGCUGCUCAUCCACCUGGUUCAUCUUAUCACAAAAUGGGCGCCUCACUUACUGGCAGAGGUGCUGUGCAAAUAUGGUGUCUUCUAAAUAGCAGGGAACACAACGAAGAAGUAUCAUAUCUCCCUGGGAAGAAGGAAAAAAAACCUAAAAAAGACACGGCCACAAAUGACAAAUCGAUAGAAAUAAAGAGGCCUAGAGGAAGGCCUAGAAAGAAUCCUACUGAAAACAACGAAGAAAUAUCUCCUAUUACAAACAAGAGAAAAAGAGGAAGACCAAAAAAGAAUCCAACUGCAAUAGCAGUGGAUAGUACAAAUUGUGGGACCAAGUACAUAGCAUCUGGUAGUGUCCCGAAUGGGAAUAAUGAAAACAACGAAGAAAUACUUCGUAUUACAUACAAGAGUAAAAAAAGGCCUAAAGGAAGACCGAAAAAGAAUUCAAAAGAUGGAACAGUGAGUGAUCCAAAUUGUGAGAACCAAUUUGUUCCUCUUACUGUUCAACUUCCAGAUUCAGCUGAAUUUAUUUCUCCAGAUGUAGUUCCUGGCAGUUCUGAUGAACAUCAUUCACAACAAUUUUCUAAUACAAAGGGAAAGAAUGCCAAGAAAGCUGCUGCGAAUACAAAGGGAAAGAAUGCUAAGAAAGCUGCUGCGAAUACAAAGGGAAAGAAUGCCAAGAAAGCUGCUUCUGCAUACGAUUCAGAAACACUUGUUGCAAGAAGUAGGUUGGAUAUUAAUCAUAGGGAAAGAAGUUGUAGCCCAGAUACAAGUAGGCCAUUAUUGAUUCAGUGUGAGAAUGAGGCAAAUCAUCAACCACAUGGUAGCCCUGUAUUGGAACCUCAAGCAUCUACUUGUCCCAUUCCACAAAAUGUAGCAUUGCCUAGAGUUGUGUCAUGCCUAGCUCAUAAUGGAAAGGUGGCAUGGGAUGUCAAAUGGAGGCCUCUUAGCAAUCUUGAUUCCUCAUGCAAGCAUCGAAUGGGCUAUCUUGCUGUCUUGUUGGGCAAUGGAUCUCUGGAAGUGUGGGAGGUUCCUCUUCCUCAUGCACUGAGAGCAGUUUAUACGCAGAAGGAGGGCACAGAUCCUCGUUUUAUAAAAUUGGAGCCUGUAUUCAAAUGCUCAAUGUUGAAACGUGGCAGCUUACAGAGCAUUCCACUGACAGUGGAGUGGUCAGUUACUCCUCCACAUGAUUAUUUACUUGCUGGCUGCCAUGAUGGAACGGUUGCUCUGUGGAAAUUCUCUACAAAUUCUUCAACUAAAUGUGAUGAUACAAAGCCUAUACUUUGUUUCGGUGGGGAUACUGUUCCUAUUAGAACAGUUGCAUGGGCUCCUUUUGAAGGUGAUCCAGAGACUUCUAACUUAAUAGUAACCGCAGGACAUGAAGGCCUCAAGUUUUGGGACCUACGUAAUCCAUUUCGUCCUCUGAGGCUCCUCCAACCUUCCCAGAGAAUCAUUUACAGUCUGGAUUGGCAGUCAAAGCCAAGCUGUAUCAUUAUGUGUUUUGAGGAUGGAACAAUGAAAACCAUUAGCUUGGCGAAGGCUGCAAAUGACCUCCCUGUCACCGGAACGAUAUACACUGGAAAGAAACAACCUUGGUUGCAUGGUACUACGUAUUCAUCUUAUGCCAUUUGGAGUGUUCAAGUGUCACCGAUAACAGGCAUGGUUGCAUAUUGUGGUGCAGAUGGUGCUGCUGUCCGUUUUCAGCUAACAACUAAAGCAGUGGAGACAGAUCAUUCGCACAAUCGACUUCCAUUCUUUCUCUGUGGAUCAGUGACUGAAGAGGAAUCAACUAUCAUUGUCAACACUCCGGUAUCAAACUCUCCUUUCCCAUUGAAGCCGCUAGAAAGAGGCAGAUAUUCAGAAUCUUUCCGAGACUUAUUAUCCAAGAGCAGAAUUGCGUAUAAUCAAAUGAUAAAAGCUUCUACUAAUGAUUGUCAUAUUUUAGCUCUUUGUGAUGGUGACAAUAUGGGUUUGGAAUCUGUAUCUGAGGAAGCAUUGUCUUCUCGGGAGCAAACCAAAAGACCAAAACUGAGCUGUAGCAGAAAGAAAAAAUCAGCUGAAAGCACAGCUCUUGUUUGUAGAGAUGGUGCACCGACAAAUACUCCCGGAGUUGAUAAUGAAAAGCCGGAUUCUGAGACUAUUCCGGAGGUCUUUCCUCCUAAGAUGGCAGCAUUGCAUAAAGUGAGAUGGAACGUUAACAAGGGUAGUGAGAGAUGGUUGUGCUUUGGAGGAGCUAAUGGACUUGUACGUUGUCAGGAAAUUGUUUUCUCUAAUAUUGAUAAGAAAAUGGCCUUGAAGAGAUGAUAGCAUUUUAUCCACGUAAAUUUUAGGUCUUGAGUUGCCUUAGAUGUGAAUAUGUAAAUAUAGAUCAGACAAAGUUAAAAUCGUAGUCAAUAGUGACUAGUCAAUCUGUAAAAACUUGUUAUCCUCUGGUAUUGACCCCAAAAAAAAAAUUCCUCUAUUAGAAUUUUUUUUU